AUGUUUAAAGUGGCUGUGAUUCAAUGCUGUGCCGUAACCUUGGCUUCUGUUUCCUGCGCUUCUAAAGCAGAUCUAGGAAGACGCACCUCCACUCCAGCACCCCAGAGCAAAAUCACUUCUGAUGGGAAACUGCAGCGUAAGCAGAAACACAGAGAGUCGACACCCCAAGAUGAAUAUGUGAAGAAACUGAGAACUCGCUCGGUUCAGAAUCUUUCUGCACAAGAUAGCCGACCACUUCCUGUGGGAUAUACAGCGACUCCACAUCCCGACAGUUCUGCAACCCAGGGCAACUUCAUUUCCCUCGAAACUCCCCAGCAGAUUCCUUCAGAGCAGAUCUUGUAUCACUGUACUGAAUGUGGCACCAAUUUCAGUAACCGAGGAAAGCUGAAAAAACACCAGCGUAGUCACACAAGGCAGAAACCCAAUCACUGUACAGAGUGUUGGAAGACAUUCAGACUUGCAACUGGAUUAAAACUACACCAACCUAUUCACACAGGAGAGAAACCGUUUCACUGUGCAGAUUGUGGGAAGGGUUUUAAUCAGAAAGUAUAUCUUCAAGCACACCAGCGAAUUCACACGGGAGAGAAACCGUUUCACUGUACAGAGUGUGGGAAGACAUUCAGAUUUGCAACUGGAUUAAAACUACACCAACGUAUUCACACAGGAGAGAAACCGUAUGAGUGUCCUGACUGUGGGAAGAGUUUUAAUCACAAAGGUAACCUUCAAACACACCAGCGAAUUCACAAGGGAGAGAAACCGUUUCACUGUGCAGAUUGUGGGAGGAGUUUUAAUCAGAAAGGUGAGCUUCAAAUACACCAGCUAACUCACAGUACAGAUAAACCAUUUCACUGUGCAGAUUGUGGGAGGAGUUUUAAUCAGAAAGGUGAGCUUCAAAUACACCAGCUAACUCACAGUACAGAUAAACCAUUUCACUGUGCAGAUUGUGGGAGGAGUUUUAAUCAGAAAGGUGAGCUUCAAAAACACCAGCUAACUCACAGUACAGAUAAACCAUUUCACUGUGCAGAUUGUGGGAGGAGUUUUAAUCAGAAAGGUGAGCUUCAAAUACACCAGCUAACUCACAGUACAGAUAAACCAUUUCACUGUGCAGAUUGUGGGAGGAGUUUUAAUCAGAAAGGUGAGCUUCAAAAACACCAGCUAACUCACAGUACAGAUAAACCAUUUCACUGUGCUGAUUGUGGGAAGACAUUCAGAGGUGCAACUGGAUUAAAACUACACCAACGUAUUCACACAGGAGAGAAAACAUACGAGUGUCCUGACUGUGGGAAGAGUUUUACUCAGAAAUGUAACGUUCAAGCACACCAGCGAAUUCACAAGGGAGAGAAACCGUUUCACUGUGCUGAUUGUGGGAAGAGUUUUAAUCAGAAAGGUGCUCUUCAAAAACACCAACGUAUUCACACAGGAGAGAAACCGUAUGAGUGUCCUGACUGUGGGAGGCGUUUCAGAUACAAAUGUAACCUACAAACACACCAGCGAAUUCACACAGGAGAGAAACCGUUUCACUGUGCUGAUUGUGGGAGGCGUUUUAAUCAGAAAGUUGAGCUUCAAAAACACCAGCGAAUUCACAAGGGAGAGAAACCGUUUCACUGUGCUGAUUGUGGGAAGAGUUUUAGUCAGAAAGAUGAGCUUCAAAGACACCAGCUAACUCACACAGGAGAGAAACCGUACGAGUGUCCUGACUGUGGGAGGCGUUUUAAUCAGAAAUGUAACCUUCAAACACACCAGCGAAUUCACACAGGAUUGAAACCGUAUGUGAGUCCAGUAUGUGGGAGGAGUUUCAGUCGAAGACGCAGCCUCAGAACACACCACAUAACCCACACUGGAGUGAAACCUUUUGAGUGUAGUGAGUGUGGGAAGAGAUUUGUAGAGUCAAAAAAACUAAAGAAACACAGUCUAGUUCACAGAGAUUGUCAGUCAGGACACUUAAAAACAAAAAAAAGAAUUUAGUUUACUCAAUAAAAGCAUCUCAAUCACACCAGAAUACCAAAGCAGACCCUGCGUCUCUGUCGUCGGUUUCAAAUGCAGGCAACUGUGAAAAUAAACUAAUUCAACUCAAAAAAUCCCAAGCCUGCUGUGCAUGCAAAUGAUUGUAGCCCUGUUUCCUACAGCAGUGCUUCUGAAACUGGGGAGGCACAGAAUGUACCCUGGGGGGGGUGGGGGAAAGCUCAUGCAAACAUGUGUAGAAAUGAACGCACACAUCUUAACCUGUAUAUAUAUUAAAACAAAUGCUACUGCUGACACCUCCUGCCACACGAAGUACCGCAGACAAGAGGAAGGGUCCCAGGGUGUCAGCUUCAACAACAUUACUGGGGAGUGGCUUCCAGACCCUCACCAGUCUCUGUGUAAAAAAAAGUGCCUCCUAUUUUCUUCUCAAUUUAAGGGUCUAUAUUUUCAGUGACAGAUCUUAGAACAUUAGUAGCUACACCACAACCCUGCAGAUUUGCAAUUACACACUCACACAUUUCCUGGGUGAGAUCCUUUGUCUCGUAGCAGCUUUGUGAAGUACCCGGUGAUUCUAAAGAAAAAUCAUUCAAGUCGCUUUGCCGGUCAGAGAUACUUAUAUCUGUCAUUGGAAAUAUGGAGGAACUUGUGCAUGAAUUGCAUUCAGAUAUAAAAGAUGAUGUAAUGGGCUUCGUAUCUUCUCACAACAUCAUUAGAUCUAAGAUGGAGCAAAGCUUCGACAGCUUUGAAAAUCCAUUUACAAACUUUAAUACUGAAGCUAAAUGGAAAAAACAUUUCAGUGAAUAAUGGGGUGUAUUUGUAUUUUGAUUUUAAGUUCUAUAGUUUUGGAAUUGAAAUAAGUAUCGUGGCACUUUGAGGGCUGGUUAUGCAAUGGGAAUUUCUAUAAAUAUGGAGAUAUAAAGGAAGAUGUAAAUAUCACUCCUUCCACAGAAGGUGCAGGUUUGUCACUGCUUCCAUUGAAUUGAGGAGAUUUAGAAAUCGCAGCCAAAAGUGUGUUCACAAAGAACGUCCAAAAUAUGAGAUCCAAAGGCAACCAAACCACUCACCGUGGACACAAACUUUUGGCUGUGAUGUCAAAAUCUCCCGAGUUAAAGUGAAGCAGUAACACAAUGUCAUGUUCUGGAGUUAAAUGCAUUUGUGUGAAUUACAAGUUGGGCUACAGAAAUAAUACAAAAUAACCCAGGAUGGCAGUGAGGACAUUUUGAUUUGUAAAAUGAUAUUCAAGUGUACUUUUUUUUCCUUUACCAGCAGUUAUUCUUGUGGAUGAACACUGUUUUCUAAAAGUAACUGACAUCCAAAAAUUAUAAACUGUACUUGGUGUCCAAAAGGUGUAUUUUGUGAAAUAAAUGCUUUGAUUUAAUAGAG